AUGGACCUCGAGGCUGACGUGCAGAAGAAGUCUCCGGAAAAGUCGCCGACCCAGUCGACAGCAGAGACUCGGCGCGCAUCAUGGUGCACCUUUGGCGCUUUCUGUUGCCUUUUCGCAACCAUGGGAUUUUUGAAUUGCGUGGGCUGCUUCCGGUGGAUCUACAGGUACAAAUUAUUCCCCAAUUACACUUCUUUCCAUCUAUCGUGGAUAUUUUCCGUCCAGCGAGCCUGUUUCUGGGCCUUUGGUCCCCUAUACGGAAGGUUGUUUGAUAUGUACGGCCCAGGAGUGAUCAUCUGGCCGCUUGUUGGCACAUGUGUUGUUGAGGUGUUUGCUAUGAGUCUGGACCAAGAGUACUGGUACAUAAUGAUGACUCAAGGGAUUCUAUUCGGCAUAGCAGCAGGGGGAGUGUACACGGCAGCUUUGCUCAGCAUGGGCCAAUGGUUCGAUAGACGUCUAGGACUGGUCGCCGGUAUUGCCGCUUGUGGCAGUAGUCUGGGAGGCAUCUUCUAUCCUAUUCUUUUACAAUGGGCGAUGAAACAGGCCAGCUUCGAGAUUGCCAUGCAAUAUACAGCCCUUCUGAUUGGUAUUGCUCUCAUCCCAGCUCUUUUUCUGGUCAAGGGACGCCUGCCGAUUACCGGAUGGGAUCGCAACGCAAAGUGGUUCGACCUGACUCCGUUUCGCCAAAGACAUUACCCUUACUUUAUUGUCGGAUCAUUCUUGACUAUGUAA